AUGGAAAAUGAGUCGCCGUGCAAGCAAAACAAUCCGCCAUCGUGCGGAACACUCGUAACCAUCCUCAGCCUUGACGGAGGCGGAAUCCGAGGAAUCAUCGGCGGAGUCAUCCUUGCUUAUCUUGAAAAACAACUUCAGGAGCUCGAUGGAGAAGACGUGAGACUAGCUGACUAUUUUGAUGUGGUAGCCGGAACUAGUACCGGUGGUCUCAUGACCGCCAUGUUAACCGUACCGGACGAGACCGGUCGACCUCAUUUUGCGGCCAAAGACAUUGUUCCUUUUUAUCUUGAACAUUCUCCCAAGAUAUUUCCGCAGCCCGAAGGUUUGUUUGCUCUGUUACCUAAGCUUCCAAAGCUCCUUUCUGGUCCAAAAUACGACGGAAAAUAUCUGAAAACUCUACUAAGUAAGUUUCUUGGAGAGACAAGACUUCACCAGACACUAACAAAUGUUGUAAUACCUACCUUCGACAUCAAGAAACUUCAACCCACCAUCUUCUCCUCUUACCAGUUAUCAGUUGACCCUAGCCUGGACGUCAAGUUAACAGACAUAUGUAUUGGCACAUCGGCUGCUCCUACUUUCUUUCCUCCUCAUUACUUUUCCAAUGAAGAUAGUCAAGGCAAGAAGUCUGAGUUUCACCUCAUUGAUGGCGGGAUCACUGCUAGUAACCCGACUCUGGUGGCCAUCACUGCUGUGUCUAAGCAGAUUGUGAAGAAAAAUCCGGACAUGGGUAAGCUCAAGCCAUUAGGUUACGACAAGUUCCUUGUUAUAUCGGUAGGAACAGGUUCUGCAAAAAAAGAGGCAAAGUACAGCGCAAAAAACGCUGCAAAAUGGGGAAUCAUAUCUUGGUUAUAUGACGAUGGAUCUACUCCGAUAUUAGACAUUACCAUGGAAUCAAGCCGCGACAUGAUCCAUUUCCACAGCUCUGUUCUGUUCAAAGCUUUACAAUCCGAAGACAAGUACCUUAGAAUCGACGAUGAUACAUUGGAAGGAGAUGCAACCUCUAUGGAUCUUGCGACAAAACCUAACUUAGAGAAUCUUGUGAAGAUUGGAGAGAAGAUGCUGAAAAACAGAGUCAUGCAAAUGAACAUCGACACUGGCGUAUAUGAACCAAUUCCUGAAAAUGUCACCAAUGAUCAAGAACUCAAAAGGUUUGCAAAAGUUCUUUCAGACGAAAGGAGACUCAGAGAAUCAAGAUCUCCUAAACACAAGAUUUGA